GAGGAAGGAACUUGUUUGUCUUCAGUUGCAAUGUGUUUUCUUCUCCAGAGUUGGGACCAUGGCUAUUGACUGGAUUGGUUUUGCAUAUGCUGCAUUGUUGGCUGUUGGAGGUGUUGUAGGAUACACUCGUAAAGGUAGUAAAAUCUCUUUAGCUGCUGGUCUCGCCCUUGGUUCUGUGGCUGGUUAUGGAGCUUACUGCGUAACACGUGAUCCAAGAAAUGUGAAGAUAUCAUUGUUUUCAGCUUUUCUUUUGACCAUUAUAAUGGGAAUGAGGUUCAAGAGGUCCAAGAAAUUAAUGCCAGCCGGACUAGUAGCGUGCCUGAGGCGGAUACAUCUGAUAUGGACUGACUUUCUCAGCACAGAAAGGAGAGAUCUGCAAUUAAAUAUUAAUGCAUAUUGAUAAGGCUCUUGGAAGAACCUGAGCCUUUUGAUGAUUUUGAGGCUUGUUUUUAUGCUGCUGUAGGAGAAUUUAGCAACUUAAGAACCGAAGUAUGAGUGCCACGCCCACCGAACAAACAGGCAAGCUCUCCGUACUUGAAAGACAAGUUUGAACACAAGUCUUACAUUGCAUUUAUCUUUUCUGUAAAAGAUCUGUACCUGUUAUUUGAUUAUUGACAUUUGCUGAUAUUUUGCAAGCUUUUUUUUUUUUAAAUUAAAACAUGUUUUGUUGAUGAUAUAUUUUGGUCUACUUCCAUUUAAGCAGUCUGUUAAGGGAUCUUUCUCUCUAAGUUUGAUCUCUUUCAGGGGUGCUGAGCGCCCCAAGCAAUCGAGUUAGUCUUGCACUAUAUCUCUGAGAGAAGAAUAUAUAUAAAUACCUGUUUAUGCUAAAAAGGUAUAUUGUAUUGAACCAUAAUUUUGUAGCUUCUGAGAUCAAGUAAUCAAUUCUAAUCGUAUUGUCAAUUACUAAUCAAUAAAGGCUGGGGCCUGUAUGUGAUGCACUAGAAAACCCACCUUCCUUUCAAACACAUGUUCUUGUUCCACUGGUUCUAAAUGUAAAAACUAUUAUCAGUGUUCAAAUAAAAUGUAAAGUGUU